ACGGCCACUCUUCUUUUUUUUUGGUGAGUCAGUGCAGACCAGUGAGCUUGUGCUUAUAAAACCGCCACGGACUUCUCCAGUCCCUGAAUGCUGCAGAGCCCUGCAGUUGAGAGAGAGAGAGAGAGAGAGAGAGAGGGAGGGAACGAACGAACGAACGAACGAACGAACAAACAAACAACCAACAUGCUGGGCAGCCCGGUGUUCUCCUGCUUCGUGUUUUACAGCACGCUUUUAGUGCUGAAGAUGUACAUCAUCGCCAUCAUCACGGGCCAAGUAAGGCUGCGGAAAAAGGCUUUCGCAAAUGUUGAAGACGCGAUGAGGCAUGGAGGAGAGCAGUUCUGCCGUGAGGAUCCUUACGUAGCGAGGUGUAGAAGGGCUCAUCUCAAUGACCUAGAGAACAUCCUCCCCUUCCUGUUCCUGGGGGCCAUCUACUCCUUGACUGAACCCUCACUGGCAAUAGCACGAGGUCACUUCCUGAUCUUCUUCCUGGGUCGAUUGGUACACAGUGUGGCAUACCUGUUUGCCCUAAAAGCGCCAACUCGGUCACUAGCGUACAUUGUCGCUCAAGUCCCCUGUGUCUCCAUGGUUGUCCAGAUACUUAUAGCUGUGGCCUCAUAUGCUUGACAUUGUCCAGUUCUCUAUAAAUAAAACCAUUCAUUGGUAACAGCAUAGAACCUGUGACCUUGUGGGUCAUGGUGGCUUGAUGACUGAAUAUAAUUGAUUAAGAUACAUUAUAAUGUUUCCAGUCAGAAAAUCCUAUUUAGACAAACAUAGGAAUGUUUCAUCAGUAAGCAACAAGGAGAUCAUCAUUUAUUUUUAACUGAAGUUAAAAGUUAAGGAUAUUUCCUUAAUUCUGUGUUAUACUGGUCCAUUGUCAUUAUCUUUUUAUACAUAUAUUUAUAUUGUAGUUUAUUAUAUGCUGUAUGUAUGAUUUAAAUGAAGGUUAUUUAAUGUCUUCUCAGCUUUGAGGUUUUAGAACACUUGAAAGGAGACUGAGACCUAGUUUCUUCAAGCAGGUGGACCGGAAAGCCUGCAAAACUAGUACCUCUGUUCUGUUUACAAAGCAGUGUCCCCCAUCUUCAUUUUCAGCAGUGCAAUAUGCUACACAAUCAAGGUCAUUUCAUAGACAAGCCUGCUCUGCAAUGGUUGCCCACUUUUGAAAACGGUCCUCUGUCCCCAGCCUUGCAAAAUCCAGUCCUUUCAGAGCUAAUGUGGCGUUAAAUAAGCAGUGUUACACAAAUACUCAGUCUCUCUCUCUCUCUCUCUCUCUCUCUGGUUUAGAACUAAGGGCAAGCGUCUUCCCUAUGAACAGAGUGACAGUCUGCAUAUAGAAUACAAUGUUUAACAAACAAGUGAGGUUAACUGUGUUUAAUACUCAACACCGCAGUUUCAUUAGGUCAUGCAGGGAUUUCCUACUUACAUUCAACAGUACUGCUACUUACUAACGACAUUUUGAGCCUUUGUAGUGUUUCAGUAUUUUGAAGAGAGGAUUGUAUAUUAAUUUAUUAAGACUAUUUUAAUUAUUUUACCUGUCUAGUUGCCAAACGGUCAUGUUGUAAACAUUAAGAGGCAUGUUUUAUAAUAAAGGUGUUGUCUAGA